AUGGAGAGCGGGUUUGGAAUCGCUGAAGCGCAUCGUGAAUCGGUGGGAAGCCCUGGGGAUGGCGGCCAACGGCGCGAGCGCGCGUCUAUUGCUGCUCAGGCGUGCGAGACGUGUAGGAACCGGAAGUCAAAAUGUGAUGAGAGAAGGCCAAAAUGCAGUUUAUGUCAUCGCCUAAACGUCGAGUGCAAGUACCGGGAGCCUCAGCCCACCAAAAAAGACAAGACCAUGGUCAACAUAAGUGACAACAUCACCCGCGUUCUUGAGGGUCAAGCACGAAUCGAGAGCAAGAUCGAUGUCCUCGGCCGCCACGUCGUUCCUGGAUCUCCUGUUUUCAGGGUCCCGAGAAGUCCGACCUCAGCCUCGACAGUCGGCCAAUCUUCUACCCUGCACUUGAGUAGCCCCUUCUCCAUGUCGGGUAGCAUCAAGCCUGACGUCAUGUCUGCUUUCAGUCCCGAGAGCGCCACGUAUUCGUACAUGGACAAUCCGAUGACACAAAACAUCCUGACGGCUCCUCAUAAAAUCUUGCUGUGGCCUGCCAUCGCUGAGUACAUGACUGAUAGAGGAGUAGCUGGCCUGGACCUCCAGAGCAUCAUCCGCUCAGGGACACCAUGGAUACUGCGCCAUGAUUUGGUCAAGCACCCAGAUGUUCUGUCAAUCCGGACGCCCCUGAUAAGAGUGAGCACGCCACAAGGCGUAGGCUUUCCCGACCUCAACAUGGAAGUGAUGAACAAAUACACCGAGGCUUAUUUUUCAAAUUUUAAUAGACUGUUUCCCAUUUUGGACCGGAAAGAGUUCCAGGAAGAUUUUCUCGCGCGUAUUGUCCGGAAUGGUUUCGGGGAUGACUUAGUUUCGAUUCUAGUCUUACUGGUCCUGUCGCUUGGCGUUGUUGCAGACGAGGGCGCGAACGGAGUCCCUGUGCGGUCCAACAGUGGCAUUAGGGGUGGAACGUCAAAAGAGCCACCGGGGCUUGCGAUUUUCAACGAAGCGAGGAAACGCAUGGGGUUUGUGAGCACACAGUGCAGUGUGGAGAACAUCCAGUGCCACCUGUUAUCCUCCGAACAAGUGGACUGGAAUAGCUCCAAAGGCGUUGCAGUCAAAAGAGUAUACUGGAUGUGCCAUCUGAUUGAAAAUUGGUUCCACUUGGACCUGGACCUGCCGCAAACGGGGCUCUGCAAUCUUCAGGGCGAGGUGCCGCUGCCCGAGGAUGGCGACUCGAACAUCAGCGACGACAUGCACUACAACAUGCUGCAUUUUACGGCGCUCGAAUACCUGCGCAAGGUCAUCGCGCGCAUCCACUCUGAUAUUUCGCGAGGUAAGUCGACUAACAGUCGCAACGAACCCUCAGAUGAGACCGGGAGUCCCCCCACGCACAUUAUCAACGAGCUCAAAACCCAGCUCGACGAUUGGCGCCACGCUUUGCCGGUGGCGCUGCAAUGGCACGAUGCCGAUCGAUUUGCGUAUCCGAAUCAUAGCGGUAGCAGAGGGGUGCCCGGUGCGCAGCAGGUGCUCUUCAGAUUCAACCAAGGAACGGCCGAGUCGUGGCGAGGCAACAUACUCGACAUCAUCACAGCGCAGCUGCGUUCGCGGUACUACUACGCCGAGUUCAUGGUGUACCGGGCGUUUGUCUUCAAGGCGUUGCACCACCCCAACUCCAUGACGCACGAAGACAAGGAAAUGGCGGCGCGCUGCCUGAGAAGCGCAUUGUUGUGGCCGAUUGCCAUGUGGCCAUGUAAAAGUAGGAAGCGUCUUGUGCCAGUGCUUUUCGCAUGGACGCAAAACUUCAUUGGGGUACUCCUCGUGCUCCGGAUGUUGACCGUGGACAAAUGCCUCCACGACAUCAUGGGGCACUAUCUCGACCAAGGAGAGGUCGAGCAAACUGUCAUGCUGCUGCUAGACUGGAUGCGCGACGUAAAGCAGAUAGAUGGUAUCGCUGAGUGGAGCUGGACGUUCCUCGAGAGACUGUACGAUGAUGUUGUAGGAAAGUUCUGA